GCCCGGCCCCAGCUCUGGUCUGCAGGUCCUCGGGUAUCAUGGGGCCCGCAGACUUCUGGGGGAAGAGCAGGAAGUCCUGGCUCUGCCUGGCCCUCAUCUUUGCUGCGUCUCUGGUUUUCUACAGGGUGGGUUUCCUGAGCCGGACCAGCUGGCUGCUAGGAUGCAGCAGCUCAUCUCAGCCUGAGGCCUGGAAGGGACACCCGACAGGGACUGAGCCCCACAGCGCAAACGGCAGCCAGACAGGUGGCGGGCAGGUGGUGAAGCUGCCCAGGAUGCUCUACCCGCAACCCCAGGUGCUGACCCCCGCCAGGACGGACGUCCUGGUCCUGACCCCCUGGCUGGCCCCCAUCAUCUGGGAGGGGACCUUCAACAUCCACAUCCUCAACGAGGAGUUCCGGCUCCGGAACGCCAGUGUCGGGCUGACCGUGUUCGCCCUCAAAAAGUGCCAUGGCUUUCUGCAGCGCUUCCUGGAGUUGGCCGAGCGCUUCUUCAUGCGAGGUUACCGGGUUCACUGCCACCUCUUCCCCGACGACCCCGCGGCCGUCCCACGGGUCCCACUGGGCCCCGGCCACCACCUGCGUGUCUUCCCCACCCAGAAGCACUCAGACUGGGAGGUGGUGUCCAUGCGCCGGAUGGAGACCAUCAGCCGGCGCAUCGCCACGAGGGCCCGCCGGGGCCCCCCGGGAGCGGACCGCCUCUUCUGCCUCCAUGUGGACCAGGUGUUCCGGAGCCCCGGGGGCCCCGAGACGCUGGGCGACCUGGUCGCGGCCAUCCACCCCGGCCACUUCACGCGUCCCCAGCAGUUCCCCUGCGAGCGCAGGCCUGGCCCCACCGCCUUCGUGGCGUGGGGCGAAGGGGACUUGUGCCAUGGGGCGGGUGCCAGGGUGUACGAGUUCACAGCGCCGCCACACGGCCACCCUGGCCGACAGGGCCAACGCGCACGGCACCGGCAGGAGCAGCCCCUGCACAAGCCCUCCAGGCUGCUGUCCCCUGAGUGCCCCUGAGGCGACAGGAAGCCACGGCCGCCCACGAUGCGCUUCUCCACCCUGGACAAGGACACCCGCUGGCUGAGGGGCUGA